UAUUGUGACGUACCAGUGACGGACCAAAUUUUCAAAACAAGUCCGACUGAAUCGGAAUUACGUAUAACGUUCUGUAGCUACCACUCGUCUGCGCUGUUUUAUUUAUAUUUAUCCACAACUAAAGCAAAAAUACAUUUUAUUUCCCUGAAGGCAAUUUCCAUUCACUACAAUGGCGUCCCGAUCUCCGUCAUCUUCCCCAGACUCAGCGACGGGCUCCGGUACUGAUCCAGCCCGGCCUGACACCGGAGAGCCGCUCGGUGGAGGAUCCGAUUCGGAUUCAGAUUUCGGAUUAGGGAAAUUUGAUUGUGGCGCUGCAGAUACAGCGCUUCGAUUAGAAGGAGCAGACCUAGAGAACGAGUUUGAGGCGGCAGCAGACCGGGUCAGAGAUCUCGUCCAGACAGCCAGUAGAGAGCAGCUGCUCUAUCUGUACGCCAGGUUCAAACAGGUCAAAGUUGGUAAGUGCAACACACCAAAACCUGGUUUCUUUGACUUCGAGGGACAGAGGAAAUGGUCAGCAUGGAAACAGCUGGGGGACAUGAGUACAGAGCAGGCCAUGCAGGAGUAUGUAUCCUGUAUAUAUGCCCUGGAUCCAGAAGGCAGCCAGAAGUCGUUGGAGCAAAGGGGAGGAGAGAAGCGAACUGGAUUUGGAGGGCCAGCAGUCAGCUCUCUAUACCAGGAGGAAAUGAUAAGGGAAGAGGAUAAAAACAUUUUUGAUUACUGCCGAGAGAACAACAUCGAACACGUCAGCAAGGCCAUCGUCUCCAAGAAAGUGGAUGUGAACACAAAAGACGAAGAGGGCCGAGCUCUCCUGCACUGGGCGUGUGAUAGGGGCCACAAAGACCUGGUGUCUCUACUGCUGCAGAAUAACGCUGACAUCAAUAGCCAGGAUGAUGAAGGACAAACUGCACUACACUAUGCCUCAGCUUGCGAGUUUGCAGAAAUUGUUGAGUUACUCCUGAAGGCCGGAGCUGACCCAUCAAUUAAAGAUCAAGAAGGCUCCCUUCCAGAGGAGGUGACAGAGUCUAGCGCCAUCUCCUCUCUUCUCUGUCAGUACACUGCUCCUAAAGGCUAAAUCUGACUCUAUCAAUCCACAAACCCAAUCCUAACCCAAAUGCAGACCAUUCAAUAAAAAGUUUGUACAUACUCAUCCAAAUGAUAUACUGUAUACCUACUGUCAAAUCAGCUAUAGUUCCAGAACUGAACAUAGUCAGCAUUCUAGAACUAUCAUUGUGAUUCUUCCAUUUGGCUGUGGACCAGAUUACUAUGCUUUCAGACAACCUGUCCUCCCCCAUCCCAGAGUGGUACAUUCCAAUGAAUGUGUUAAUGUUGAUACUAUUAAAGAAGUGGAAUCUUA